AUGAAUGGUUCCUUGUUGCUGCCUUUCAUGCUGGGGAUUCCUCUCCUAUGGCCUUGCUUCACAGCGACGGAAAACCCUAAAACAGAGGAAGUUAAGCACCCAGCGGGGUCUCAUUUGAGAAUGAAGCGUGGCUGGGUGUGGAACCAGUUUUUUGUACCAGAGGAAAUGAAUAAGAGUAGUCAUCACAUUGGCCAGCUGAGAUCUGAUAUAGACAAAGGAAACAACUCUUUCCAGUACAAGCUUUUGGGAGCUGGAGCCGGAAGUGUUUUUGUCAUUGAUGAAAGAACAGGUGACAUAUAUGCCGUACAGAAGCUCGAUAGAGAGGAACAGUCCCUCUAUACUCUAAGAGCCCAGGUAAUAGACACCACUACUGGAAAGGCUGUGGAACCUGAGUCCGAAUUUGUCAUCAGGGUUUCGGAUGUCAAUGACAAUGAACCAAAAUUCCUGGAUGAACCUUAUGAGGCCGUUGUACCAGAGAUGUCACCAGAAGGAACAUUAGUUAUCCAGGUGACAGCAAGUGAUGCUGAUGAUCCUUCAAGUGGCAAUAACGCUCGUCUCCUGUACAGCUUACUACAAGGCCAACCAUAUUUCUCCAUUGAACCAACAACAGGAGUCAUAAGAAUAUCUUCUAUAAUGGAUAGAGAACUCCAAGAUGAGUAUUGGGUAAUUAUUCAAGCCAAAGACAUGGUCGGCCUGCCUGGAGCACUGUCUGGAACAACAAGUGUGUUAAUUAAACUCUCUGACAUUAAUGACAAUAAACCCAUAUUUAAAGAAAGUUUGUAUCGCAUGACUGUUUCUGAAUCUGCACCCAGUGGUACUUCUAUAGGAAAAAUCGAGGCGUAUGACAAUGACAUAGGGGAGAAUGCAGAAAUGGAUUACAGCAUUGAAGAUGACUCACAAACAUUUGACAUCAUUACUAAUAACGAGACCCAAGAAGGAAUAGUUAUAUUAAAAAAGAAAGUGGAUUUUGAACACCAGAACCACUAUCGCAUUCGAGCAAAAGUGAAAAACCGCUAUGUUGAUGAACAGCUCAUGGGGUAUCAUGCUGAAGCUUCCACCACUUUGAUUAGGGUCCAAGUGGAAGAUGCUGACGAGCCUCCGGUCUUCCUCCGUCCGGAUUAUGUAUUUGACAUCUUGGAAGGACAGCCGCAGGGCUCAUGGGUGGGCGUGGUCUUGGCCAUAGAUCCAGAUCAGAGGAGAUCUCCUAUCAAGUAUUCUAUUACCAGAAGCAAAGUGUUCCUUAUCGACGACAAUGGCACAAUCGUCACAACUAACCCUCUGGAUCGAGAGAGCACUGCUUGGUACAACCUAAGUAUUACAGCCACAGAAAAAUACAAUGCACAGCAGAUUUCUUCAGUUCCUGUGUAUGUACAAGUUCUCGAUAUCAAUGACCACGCUCCUGAGUUCUCUGACUAUUAUGAGACUUACGUUUGUGAAAAUGCAGACUCUGGGCAGAUAAUUCAGACCAUCAGUGCAGUGGACAGAGAUGACUCCAUAGAAGAUCACCAUUUUUACUUCAAUUUAUCUGUGGAAGACUCGAAGAACUCUAGUUUUACAAUCAUAGACAAUCGAGAUAACACAGCUGUAAUUUUGACUAAUAGAAAUGGUUUUAGCCUUCAAGAAGAGCCUGUCCUCUACAUAUCCAUCUUAAUUGCUGACAAUGGGAUCCCGUCGCUUACAAGUACAAACACCCUUACCAUCCACGUCUGUGACUGUGAUGACCAUGGCAGUGCACAGACCUGCAGUAAUAAGGAGUUCAUGCUUUCCAUGGGACUCAAGACAAAGGUCAUAAUCGCUGUUCUGAUGUGUAUUGUGAUAAUAUUUGGGUUUAUUUUUCUGAUCCUGAUUCUGAAACAACAAAGAAAGCAGACCCUAUUUCCUGAGAAAGGUGAAGAUUUCGGAGAGAAUAUCUUCAGAUACGACGAGGAAGGGGGAGGCGAGGCAGACACGGAGGCCUUUGACAUGGGAACGCUGAGGAGCAGCACCGUCCUGCGGGCGCCCAGGUCUCGGAAACGCGCCGCCCAGGUGAGGAGCCUGUACCGCCAGUCCCUGCAGGUGGGCCCCGACAGCGCCAUAUUCAGGAAAUUCAUUCUGGAAAAGCUCGAAGAAGCCAACACUGACCCUUGCGCCCCUCCUUUUGACUCUCUCCAGACCUACGCUUUUGAGGGAACUGGGUCGUUGGCUGGAUCCCUGAGCUCCAUCGGCUCAGCACUCUCUGAUCAGGAUGAAAAUUACGAUUACCUUAAUGAACUGGGACCUCGCUUUAAGAGAUUAGCAUGCAUGUUUGGUUCUGCUAUGCAGCCUAAUAAUUAG